CCCGCGGGCGGCCAGGUGUCCUGCGGGCGGCGUCCCCGCGCUGCCAGCGCCUCCCCACGCGGGCGGCCGGCGCCUGUGCGCUGCGGUGCGUUUCGGGGGUAAUUCCCUCCCCACGCCCGGCCGGGUUGCUCCUCUCCCUCCCCGCUUCGGCUCCCGCGCCUGAACCAUGGCGGCAAGGGAUGAAGGAACUGCGGUAUUGAAAGAUUGUGUAACUUGCCUGAGCUCAAAUGGUUGUGGCGCACCCCCAGGACCCUCACCACCCAUCAGAGAAGCCGGUCAUUCACUGCCAUAAAUGUGGGGAGCCAUGCAAGGGCGAAGUCCUUCGGGUCCAGACCAGACAUUUCCACAUCAAAUGUUUCACCUGCAAAGUGUGCGGCUGUGACCUGGCACAAGGGGGCUUCUUCAUAAAGAACGGGGAGUAUCUCUGCACCCUGGACUACCAGAGGAUGUACGGGACACGCUGCCAUGGCUGUGGGGAGUUCGUGGAAGGAGAGGUGGUGACUGCCCUGGGCAAGACCUAUCAUCCCAACUGCUUUGCCUGUACCAUCUGCAAGCGCCCCUUUCCACCCGGAGACCGAGUCACGUUCAAUGGGAGAGACUGCCUCUGUCAACUGUGUGCACAGCCAAUGUCAUCCAGCCCCAAAGAAGCCUCCUGCUCCAGCAAUUGUGCUGGCUGUGGAAGAGAUAUCAAGAAUGGGCAGGCCCUGCUGGCCCUGGAAAAGCAGUGGCACUUGGGGUGCUUUAAAUGCAAGUCCUGUGGGAAGGUUCUCACCGGAGAGUACAUCAGCAAGGAUGGCGCUCCGUACUGUGAAAAGGACUACCAGGGGCUCUUUGGGGUGAAAUGCGAAGCCUGUCACCAGUUUAUCACAGGGAAAGUCCUGGAGGCAGGUGACAAACAUUACCACCCCAGCUGUGCACGAUGCAGCAGAUGCAACCAGAUGUUCACAGAAGGAGAGGAAAUGUAUCUUCAAGGUUCCACCGUUUGGCAUCCCGACUGUAAACAAUCUACCAAGACUGAGGAAAAGCUGCGGCUGCCAAACAGUCAUCGUUCUUCCUCCGAUUUCUUUUAUCCCAAAAGUCUGGUUCGACGCACAGGACGGUCACCGUCUCUGCAGCCUACCAGGACUUCCUCUGAAAGCAUUUAUUCUAGACCAGGCUCCAGUAUCCCGGGCUCCCCAGGUCAUACUAUCUAUGCAAAAGUGGACAAUGAAAUCCUGGAUUAUAAGGAUUUAGCAGCCAUUCCCAAGGUCAAGGCAAUUUAUGAUAUUGAACGUCCGGAUCUUAUUACCUAUGAGCCUUUCUACACUUCGGGCUAUGAUGACAAACAGGAGAGGCAGAGCCUGGGAGAGUCUCCAAGGACUUUGUCUCCUACUCCAUCAGCAGAGGGCUAUCAGGACUCUCGGGACCGGGUGAUCCACCGGUCCACCAGCCAGGGCUCCAUCAGUUCCCCUGUCUACAGCCGCCACAGCUACACUCCAACCACAUCUCGCUCCCCCCAGCAUUUUCACAGACCUGAGCUGCUGUCUCCUGGUGUGCAAAGGUUGUCCCACCUGCGCACCAGCAGCCUCAGCUCCACCCACAGCGACUCCCGCCCCAACUCCCCCUUCCGACACCACUUCAUUCCCCAUAUCAAAGGCAAUGAGCCGUCCAGCGGCCGGAACUCCCCUCUCCCUUACCGGCCAGACAGUCGUCCUCUCACUCCAACUUAUGCUCAGGCCCCUAAACAUUUCCAUGUUCCAGAUCAAGGGAUCAACAUUUACCGAAAACCACCCAUCUACAAACAGCAUGAUGCAGCUGCCUUGGCAGCCCAGAGCAAGUCUUCAGAAGAUAUCAUCAAGUUUUCCAAGUUCCCAGCAGCCCAAGCUCCAGACCCCAGCGAGAUACCAAAGAUUGAGACGGACCACUGGCCUGGUCCCCCCUCACUGGCCGCCGUAGGAGCCGACAUGAGACGCAGAUCUAGUGGCAGAGAGGAAGAUGAGGAGGAACUUCUGAGGCGCCGGCAGCUGCAAGAAGAGCAAUUAAUGAAGCUCAACUCAGGCCUGGGGCAGUUAAUAUUGAAAGAGGAGAUGGAGAAGGAGAGCCGAGAGAGGUCAUCCCUGUCAGCCAGUCGCUAUGAUUCUCCCAUCAACUCAGCUGCACAUGUUUUAUCAUCCAAAACCUCAUCUCUCCCAGGCUAUGGAAAAAAUGGGCUUCACCGGCCUGUUUCCACAGACUUUGCUCAGUACAACAGCUAUGGGGACGUCAGUGGGGGAGUGCGAGACUACCAGACUCUCCCAGAUGGCCACAUGUCUGGGGCAAGAAUGGAUCGAGGGGUGUCCAUGCCCAACAUGUUGGAACCAAAGAUAUUUCCAUAUGAAAUGCUGAUGGUGACCAACAGAGGGCGCAACAAAAUCCUAAGAGACGUGGACAGAACCAGGCUGGAGCGCCACCUAGCCCCAGAAGUGUUUCGGGAAAUCUUUGGAAUGUCCAUACAGGAAUUUGACAAGUUACCUCUUUGGAGACGCAACGACAUGAAGAAGAAAGCGAAACUCUUCUAAGUCCCCCGCGUAGACAGCAGUUA